AUGAUUAUAAAUAUACAUUUACAUCACAGACUACCAUCUAUACAGGCUAAAAGAAGCCUCCAGUCCUUUUUCGUGCUUGUCUUGGUGAAGGAACGUUUGCUACGCACCGCGGAGCAACACGACGUGUCCUUGCUCAGCGCCGCUUUUCUGAAGAAGCGGUCCUCGCAGCUAUGGCUGGUUCGGAAUGAAUUGGUGCGGGUGGCUGGUGCCGCUCAAGAUAUGGCUCCAGAGGCCGAAGAGGCGUGGCUUGAAACGGUUGGAACCUGA